UCACAUUUCAACUGCUAACUAUUUCUCCUAAUCCAAUCAAAGGUAAGGGAUGAUGGGGAGACCACCGCCUUGUAGUCGUGAUGAAAAUGGCCUGAAAAAGGGGCCUUGGACGCCUGAGGAAGACCGGAUUCUUGUAGAUUACAUUCAGAGACAUGGGCAUGGAAGCUGGAGAGCACUUCCUAAGCUUGCUGGAUUGAACAGGUGUGGGAAGAGUUGCAGGCUUAGAUGGACUAAUUAUCUCAGGCCUGAUAUUAAACGAGGAAGGUUUUCCGAGGAAGAAGAACACACCAUUAUCAACCUUCAUGCUUCUCUUGGCAAUAAGUGGUCUGCAAUAGCAACUCAUCUCCCUGGAAGAACAGAUAAUGAAAUUAAGAAUUUCUGGAACACUCAUCUGAGGAAGAAGCUAUUUCAAAUGGGAAUUGAUCCAGUGACUCACAGACCAAGAACUGAUCUCAACAUUCUACCCAACCUGCCUCAGUUGCUUGCUGCUGCAAACUUUACUAACCUCAUGAUGACUAAUAUUCCUUUGGAUGCUGCACACCUUGCUAAACUCCAAUCGUUGCAUAACAUAAUUCAAGUUCUGGGUACUACUCCAACUAUGGAAGCACUCAACUUUCUAGCAGGACCAACUUUCCGGGAAAAUCACCAGUUUAGUAAUCUCUCAUUGGGUUUUGCUCCGCAAGAACUUACUCAAUUACAGUCAAAUCUUCUCAACUUGGAAGCUCCACAACAACAUCAACCGGAGGUUACUGAAUAUCAUAACCAGCCAAUGGAAGACUCCAACAACCAUCAAUUCUCAUCCCUAUCUCCUGCUAAUAUUCCACCACUUUUAACUCAAUCGCAGCUUCCGGCAUUAGUUCCGGCCUCACCCGAACGUCGACCCCAAACCGAAAACAAGAAUAUCAACCCAAUUAAUAUAUCUAACCCUUCAUCUACUUCAACCACCUUUGAAGGUUGGGGAGAUCUUAUGGAUGAUGAAGAAAGUGACUCUUACUGGAGAGAUAUCAUAAGACCAGGCAUCAUCUCAGACAUGGCCCUUCUCUUAAAGGAGCUUUGGGAUUGAAUACGUCAGGAGUUUGAUUUAGUAACACUUGGUUUUUCACUAGAUUUAAACAGAAAGAACAAAAAUAUACAGGCCAGGUGCCAUUGUGUAAAGAACAAACGAAGUUCCAUGUAAUAAUAUUCAUGUUCUUGGUUAGUUUGAAUUUGCUUGAUUUCAUUUCAGUAAUAAACUUGGAUUGAAGCAU